UUUUUUAAUUUCUCACUAGCGUCGGCAUCAUCUUGGCUUCGCGAACAUCGUCUACAAAUUUUAAGGUUUAAUAUUUGAGAAGUUUUAUCUGUGUUAUAUAAAUCAAGAGGUUUAAUUAUCGUGCAACACGAAUACACUAAAAGAGAAUCUGAUGCUCAGCAAGAUGGCACAACCGAAUACUGUUGGAGGCGGGGGUGGUAGCGGCAGCAAUGCUGCAACUGGAAGGCGAAUGCCAAUGUCUUUGACCGGAUCAGGCGCUAGUGGCACUACUGUGUCCCGUCUACAGCAGCAAGCAGCCGCUAGCAAUGGACGCUCGAAAAGUCCCCAGAAUACUAAUGCGAACAAAAAACCCGAAUCGAAUGUCGUGUCUGGUCCAAUUGUAGCAAUCAAGAAGACGAGUGGUAUACCUCAGCGAUCGAGCAGUAGUUCAUCUGUGGCAUCCUCCCAAAAUGGGAGCUCCAAAUCUACAAAUGGCAAUCAAAAGUCGUCACAAAACGGCAGCUCAAGCGGCACCACUGUCAAGGAGCAACAGAAAAUCAAGGAGAAAGUGUCUGACAAAAAGGAUCCGGCCCCAGCGGACCCUAAAGACGAAACAAAUGAAAUCAAAAGCAAUGCCAAGCCAAUAGCAGCAGCGCGAGUUGCCGACCCUAAAUUUGUCGAAGCUGUUACUGACGCAAUGAUUGAUUUUGAAACCGAUUGUGUGAUCACUGAAGUGUUCAGCACUCCGACUUCGGAUCGCAAGUCGUCGCGCAGGUUGGCUGGGUCAUCGAGCAGCCUGGAUAAGUCGCCCAUAAAGCCAAAGGAGAGUCCGUCACCAGUUUCGAAAAAGCAGGCAGAAAAGCCUAAAGAUAAAUCAAACGUAGCGGAAAAGACUAAGGAACCAUUGGAAGCUGCGGAAAAGACUAAGAAACCAUUGGAAGUUGCGGAAAAAACUAAAGAACCAUCGGAAGUUGCGGAAAAAACUAAUGAACCAUCGGAAGUAGAGGAAACAGCUAAAAAACAAUCGGAAGAGACGGAAAAAGCGAAGGAAAAUUUGGAAGUGGUGGAAGAUGUUGAAAUGGAGACGCUCACAGUGGAUGCGUCGCCUAUACGGGCUGUGGCUAAUGUACAGCCGACAGCCACUUCUACGCCCGGACGCAAUCUCUUUGGUUUUCGUAGCAGCAGCAAGCAGUCCACCGAAGUGGAACUGGCCAUAAAGUCAUCCAGCUCUUCAGCAAUUACACCUGCGCGUAGCUAUACCCAGAUUAGCGGUCGGCGCAGCAUACGCCCAACUGCUUCUAUAACGCCCGGCAAAUUGGACACCUAUAGAUGUGUCAAUACCGACCUGGACACUUCCAAUUGCACCAACACGAGCAUGAAUGCAACUGUGGGCUCCGAGAUACCCAAUAGCUCUUCGUUCUCAUUCUCGUUCUUUGGACGCGGUCGCAAACGCGAGCGCACGCCCCCGCCUCUAUCCGGCAGCCAAUCGGCAACCGAUAUCGCCCAGGAUGUGGAUAUGUCGCCGCCUAAACGCGCACGGUUCGAUCUCUUCAGCCUGAACUUGGCAUCACCAUUCACUAUGCUGCGGUCACGAUUCUCGAAAACUACAAUUAGCACACCGUCUUCACGCCAACGCCAUGAACAGACACCGCCAGCUGGCGAUGAGGAGGGCAGUGAAGUGCAGAACGUGUCGGGUAUUAUCAGCCAAGAGGAGGAAGAAGAGCAGCUCAACAAAUCGGCAGCCAGCACUGAAGUCAGUGUGGCUCAAGAAGCUGGAUCGGAGACGCCAAAGAAGAGCGGUAGCAUUGAAGAAGGAGAAGAGGAUAUAACAAAGGAUGAUCAGAAGGUGGAAGAUCAAGGCGAGUAUGCUGUGGCCACUCUGCCCGCUACUGAUGUAAGCGUCCCCAUUGAACGCGAGGUUUCCAAUACUUCGCGCUGCGCAAUAAUGUAAACGACUCUCUUGAAAAUUGCUGUAAUGAAUCCCAAUACCUUCCCACGUCACCUUUAGUAGCUUUAGGAAUAUCCGAUAAAUGUCAAUGUUAAACCCCG